GCCACCAUACCCGAUUUUUUAGCAAUCAGUGAUUUAUUUUUCAGAGUUGUUUGUUAAACAAACAAUGACUGGUACAAAUAGCGCGCAACGAUAGUAACUAGGCACACAACUUCUGCUAUCCGAGACCAUAACGUUUCACAGAAAACAGUUGACAAAAUGCGUGAAUGUAUCUCCAUCCAUGUGGGCCAAGCCGGAGUCCAGAUCGGUAACGCCUGUUGGGAGUUGUACUGUCUCGAGCACGGUAUCCAGCCUGACGGUCAGAUGCCCAGUGAUAAGACAAUUGGAGGUGGAGACGACUCCUUUAACACUUUCUUCAGCGAGACUGGAGCCGGGAAACAUGUUCCUAGGGCUGUGUUUGUCGACCUGGAACCAACAGUAGUCGAUGAGGUUCGAACCGGAACUUAUCGUCAGUUGUUCCACCCCGAGCAGCUCAUCACCGGCAAGGAAGACGCCGCCAACAACUACGCCCGUGGUCACUACACCAUUGGCAAAGAAAUCAUUGACUUGGUCCUCGACAGAAUCCGUAAGUUGGCUGACCAGUGUACCGGUCUCCAGGGAUUCCUCAUCUUCCACUCCUUCGGUGGCGGUACCGGAUCCGGAUUCGCAUCACUUCUUAUGGAACGUCUGUCCGUUGACUAUGGAAAGAAAUCUAAAUUGGAAUUCGCAAUUUACCCAGCACCACAAGUAUCAACUGCUGUUGUUGAGCCAUACAACUCUAUCUUGACCACCCAUACUACAUUAGAGCACUCUGACUGUGCCUUUAUGGUUGACAACGAAGCUAUUUACGACAUUUGCCGUCGUAAUCUUGACAUUGAGAGACCAACCUACACAAAUCUGAACAGACUCAUCGGACAGAUCGUCUCCUCCAUCACUGCCUCUCUCAGAUUCGACGGAGCCCUCAACGUCGACUUGACAGAGUUCCAGACCAACUUGGUACCAUACCCACGUAUCCAUUUCCCUCUCGCCACAUAUGCCCCAGUCAUCUCUGCUGAGAAGGCCUACCAUGAACAACUGUCAGUUGCUGAAAUUACCAAUGCAUGCUUUGAGCCAGCUAAUCAGAUGGUGAAAUGUGAUCCCCGUCAUGGGAAGUACAUGGCUUGUUGUAUGUUGUACAGAGGUGAUGUUGUCCCCAAGGAUGUCAACGCCGCCAUUGCUACCAUCAAGACCAAAAGAACCAUUCAGUUCGUUGAUUGGUGUCCAACUGGUUUCAAGGUUGGUAUCAACUACCAACCACCAACCGUUGUACCAGGUGGUGAUCUCGCCAAGGUCCAGCGUGCCGUGUGCAUGUUGAGCAACACCACUGCCAUCGCCGAGGCUUGGGCUCGUCUUGAUCACAAGUUUGACUUGAUGUAUGCCAAGAGAGCAUUUGUUCACUGGUAUGUUGGUGAAGGUAUGGAGGAAGGAGAGUUCUCCGAGGCUCGUGAAGAUUUGGCUGCCCUCGAGAAGGAUUACGAGGAGGUUGGUGUCGACUCCGUUGAGGGUGAAGGUGAAGAAGAAGGAGAAGAAUAUUAAGUAAACAAUAAGACAUUAAAAUUAUUCAAACACUUAGAAUAACUGUGUUUCUCUAUUUAGCAAUAUUCAUUUUUAGACCAAUCACAAAAUGUUUUUUGUUACACGCGUACAAUUUAAUCAGGAAUAAUGAACAUUUAUGAACACAAUUUUAAAUGUAUUGUAAGAUCAGCUUUAACAGAAACGAUUUAUAUUAUUUGAAUAAAUAAAAAACUGA